AUGUCCACCACCGCCAGGAUACAAAUGGGCACACAGGUCAGGCUGACAAGGAGGGGGCAGCCGGAGGGGUCGGCGAGCCCGGUGUGGAACGAGGAGUUCAUGUUCGUGACCAGCGAGCCGUUUGAGGACCCGCUGGUGUUCACUCUGCAGGAGAUGGUUGCCCCUGGUCGCGAUGAAGCCAUCGGUCGCGUGAUCAUCCCUGUGGCCUACGUGCACCGCAGCAACGACCUUGCCAAGUCGGUGCCAUCGAAAUGGUUCAACAUGUCGCGCGGGAUGACGGUGGACAAGGCGGUGGCGGACGUCACGACGGGGACCAAGAAGAACAAGGAGCACUCCAAGACGUUUGCCGGCAAAAUCCACCUGAAACUGAGCCUGGAGCCGGCGUACCACGUGCUGGAUGAGUCCACGCACUACACCAGCGAUUUGUCAUCAUCGGCGAAGAAGCUCCGCAAGAGCGCCGUUGGCGUCCUGGAGGUCAACUUCCUGGGUGCGCGUGAUCUGGCCGUCGGCACAAGGAACUCUUACUGCGUCGCCAAGUACGGCAAGAAGUGGGUGCGAACACGCACGCUCUUUGCCACAGCGGCGCCGCAGUGGGAUGAGAAGUACACCUGGGACGUGUUUGACGUCAGCACCGUCAUCACCAUCGCCGUGUUUGAUGACUCCAAUGGCGCCGCCAGGCACCAGAGGAUCGGCAAGGUGCGCGUCCGCCUCGCCACCCUUGAGACGGAUCGUGUAUACUCCCAGUACUACCCUCUACUAAAGCUCAGCCCCUCAGGGCUGAAUAAGAACGGGGAGCUCCACCUCGCUGUCCGGUUCACCUGCAAGUCGUGGGCCAAAAUGCUGGCCAUGUACGGCAAACCGAUGCUCCCCAAGAUGCACCACACCAACCCCAUCUCCGUGAGGCUGCAGGACUACCUCCGGCACCUGGCGAUGCAGAUGGUGGCGAAGCGGCUGGAGCGGGCCCAGCCGCCGCUGCGGAGGGAGGUGGUGGAGUACAUUCUCGACGUCAACUUCGAAACCAUGUUCAGCCUGCGCCGGAGCAAGGCCAACUUCUUCCAGCUCAUGUCCGUCUUCUCCGUCUUCAUCGCCGUCUCCAAGUGGUUCGUGGGCAUCUGCAAGUGGAAGAACCCGCUGACGACGAUUGUGGUGCACGUGGUGUUCCUGAAGCUGGUGUGCUACCCGGAGCUGAUCCUGUCCACCGUGUUUAUCUGCAUGAUCAUGAUCGCACUGUGGAACUACCCGCGGCGGCCGCGGAAACCGCCGCACAUGGUCACGGAGCUAUCAGCCUCAGAGCUCGCGCACCCGGACGAGCUGAACGAGGACUUCGACAGCUUGCAGCCGCCGCACAUAAAUACGAUGCUCUGGUGGUACCCGGUUCAGGCGCACCCGCUGGACGAGCUGGACGAGGAGUUCGACACGUUCCCGACGUCCAAGCCGGAGGAUGUGGUGCAGGUGAGGUAUGAUCGACUGAGGGGGGUCGCUGGCAGGGUACAGACAGUGGUUGGCGACCUGGCUAGCCAGGGGGAGCGCGCGCAGUUCCUGCUCCGCUGGCGCGACCCCAGGGUAACUCCCGUCUUCAUGACGUUCUUCUUGGUGGUGGCCAUCGUACUGUACCUAACGCCGUUCCGGGCGGUGGCCAUGGUGAUGGGGCUGUACCUCCUCCGGCCCCCGUUGUUGCGGGACAGGAGCAAGAGCAACCUGCUCUUCAACUUGUACAAUCGCCUGCCCUCCAAUGACGACAUGAUGCUAUAAGGUUGAUGCAUGCAUGAAUUGCUCCUUUUCUUAUCUUCGGUUUGGUUGACUGUGUUACCUUUUCUUUAUCUAUGUAUGACUUUUCUGGAUUGCAUAAAAUAUUACUCCUUUCGUUCAGAUUUGUAAGACUUGUUUCUACUGUUAUUUUAUUGUCUCCAAUGUAAGACUUUGGUUGUAAUUUCAGUACGCACUUUAGUGCAUAUUUCGAUAAAACAGGUAGGAGCACCGCCCAUUCAUUAGAAGAUGG